AUGAAUAAUCUGGGCGUCUGCUUCGACUGCGCCAACGAGCCUGAACUGAGAGCUGUCCUAAACAUGGGCGUUGCUGCAGAACGCAUAGUGCUUGCCAGCGCUGUCAAGUGCCCGUGGGACAUUGACUUCGCUCUCAAGCAUAACGUCGACCUCAUGACUUUUGAUUCAGUGGAAGAGCUUUACAAGGUCAAGGACAAAAACGCGAGGUUUCACGUGGGCAGCGCCUACGAGGUCCCCGAGAUAUUUGCUCGCACAAUCGAAAGGGCGAAAGCUGUAUUCGAUUUGGCAGAAAGUAUGGGGAUUCGCAUGACGGUACUCGACAUCGGCGGAGGUUUUCCCGGAGGUUUGAGAAAACGUGACAAGUUCUUCAAGGUGUGCGAAAGUAUUCGUUCGGCGACUGAUCUUCACUUCCCGGCAUCGAGUGGUGUAAAGCUCAUCGCAGAGCCAGGACAAUUUUUCAUCACCUCGUGCUACGCGCUUGUGGUGCGGGUCAUUGGCAAAAGACGCAGAGAUCUCACAGUCGAUGGAGUCAACCAACCUCAUCAAGACGUGUUCAUCAACGAGUCCAAAAACAACUGCGUAUCGCGCCAUCUUUACGACUUCUUGGACGUCAAGUACUGGCCGUUAGAGGAGCCACUGCACAGGCCGCACGACAUUCUGACUACUGUGUGGGGAGGCACCUGUGACCCCGUGGACUGCAUGGAGAUCACGAAGCCCUUUUUCGACGUCAACGUUGGCGAGUGGUUGCUAAUGGACAACGUCGGCGCAUACGCGCUCAACAACGCAACGGGCUUCAACGGCUCGCCGUUCCCGGCUGUGCAUUACAUCGCGCCACAAGACCGCGUCAGCUUUGUGCGUCACAUCAUCGACGCCUCGCCUCUGCGUAGCGGCUACAGUCAGCCCGAAGGCGCGCUGAAGAAAGCCCUCCUGGAUCUAUGGAAAGAAGAAAGGGAAAGGCGUAACUCGUGGAUUAUUACGCCGUCCGCGCAGGCCAAGCCUUGUUAGCGCUAAUAUUGGAUUAGGAA